AUGUCGGCCGAUGCUGGUGUUGCUCUUGACAGAGACCGUCACGUCAAAUACUGGAAACGAUGUGCACAAUUGCUACCAGAACAGUACACCGCAGGGGAGUCAAAUCGUAUGAGUUUCGGCUUCUUCAUUGUGGCUGCCCUGGAUCUUCUUGAUGCCCUGGAGACCGCGACUACACCUGAAGAAAGGCAAAGUUGGAUUGAAUGGAUCUACGCAUGUCAGGUCCCUUUUACGGGGGGAUUUCGAGGCUUCACAGGUACCAAUCUGGGGGGCAUGAGAACUCCGCACAACUGGCACUGGGACUCAGCGAGCCUACCCAACACAUACUUCGCCCUGGCCACACUACUUAUGCUCGGGGACGACAUGAAUAGGGUCAAGAGAAAAGAAUGCAUUGAGUGGGUGAGAAGUCUGCAAAGACAAAAUGGCAGUUUUGGUGAAACUUUAGGCGAGGACGAUGUCAUUGAAGGCGGCGACGACCCGAGGCUGUGCAUGUGCGCUCUGGGUACGUUGUGCAUCUUGCAAGGUAGGGGACUGGAUGGUGGCAGUGAGAGUCUGAUAGAUGCGACGAAGUUGAAAGAGUACAUUUUGAAUUGCCAGAGCCACGACGGCGGAAUCGCUCAGCAGCCGUUGCUGGAGGCACAUUCGGGUUUGAACUACUGUGGAAUUGCGACACUAUCUUUCCUUGGACUUUUACAAAAUCCGCCCGUACCUGCCUACGAGGUUGCGGGCCAAACUGGACUCGAUACAGAGGCAUGUAUAAAGUGGAUGCUCGAUCGGCAGACGACAUGGGUAGAAGAAGAAGACGAGGAUGAGGAUGAGGACGAGGACGAAGAAGACGAUGUUGCUCAUAAUUCUGCUGAGCAGCAGAUCUCAUCCUCUGUUGAGGCAGAUCCAUCGAGGCUACAGAAGACGAUUGCCGGAUUCUGCGGUAGAUGUGGGAAGAUGGCUGAUACAUGUUAUUGCUUCUGGAAUGCAGGAGCUUUGGCUAUCCUACAACGACAGCACCUUGUUGACAUCGAAGCCUUGAGAUAUUACCUUCUCGGAAAGGUUGCACAUUUAAUAGGAGGCUUUGCCAAAGCCCCUGGCGAACUCCCUGACCUGUUGCAUUCAUAUACAGGUCUAGCAGCUCUGGCCAUUUACGGAGAGCCGGGCCUAAAGGCACUCGAUCCUACCUUUUGUUUUAGUCGAAAAUCAGUAGAAAAGCUCAAGGAUGUCGCAUGGCGAUCGAGUUGA